AUGAAGAACGCCAUUGUUGCCAAGGGACCCAAGGUCACUAUCAAUGAAGUUCCUAUUCCAAAGCCAUCAGCCAAUCAAGUCCUUGUCAAGGUGGUGUACUCAGGAUCUAACCCAAAGGAUUGGAAGAGACCUGAGCGUGGCGAGCCUCAUAACUCUGGAGAUGACAUCGCAGGAAUCGUCGAGGCCGUUGGUGAAGAUGUUUUUGAAUUCAAGAAGGGCGAUCGUGUUGCGGCUUUUCAUGAAAUGAUGGCACCUCACGGAUCCUUCGCCGAGUAUGCUAUUGCCGAAGACUACACCACCUUCCAUCUUCCAAAGAAGACAUCCUUUGAGGAGGGUGCAUCUAUUCCACUUGCUGCAAUGACAGCUGCUGUUGGGCUCUACCUCCGAUUGGGUCUUCCUGAACCAUGGAAGCCCGCCUCGUCCCCGAUACCCCUGAUAGUAUAUGGAGCCUCUGGAGCUGUUGGUGCAUACGCAAUAAAGCUAGCGCAGGUUUCCAAUAUUCAUCCCAUUAUUGCAGUUGCAGGUCGAGCCUCAGACUUUGUCGAGACCCUUAUUAUCCGCGACAAAGGCGACACUAUAAUCGACUAUCGCAAAGGAGACGAUGCCGUUGUUACCGGUAUUAGAGAUGCUUUGAAGAAGACUGGAGCAAGCGAAGUAAAGUACGCCUUUGACGCCGUUAGCGAGCACAACAGCUUCCAGAAUAUCAGCCAGCUACUCGCAAAGGAGGGUAGCAAGAUUACGCUCGUCCUUCCAGGCAAAGAUUAUUCAGCCAUUCCUUCUUACAUCGAGCAUAGCACGACAAUGGUUGGGAGUGUUCACGCUGCUCCCUCCGAAGAAAAGGCCAAGGCUGGCAUCAAGACCGGUGGAAAAGAGUUCGGCUAUGCCUACUUUAGACUUUUUUCACGAGGUCUUCAAGAGGGUUGGUUCACAGCUCAUCCGUAUGAGGUUAUACCCGGUGGAUUGAAUGGCAUUGAAAAGGGACUCUCAAAUUUGAAGACUGGUGUCAACAGCGGCACCAAGUAUAUCUUCAAGAUUGAAGAUAACAAGUAA